UUAUGUUAAUAGUAAUCUCGUGGGCUUUCUCGGCGUAAAUGUAAACGAUUUUCCUCAGAUUUGAUGCGGUUUAAGUGAUAUUUAUUGAAGAAAAUAGAUGAGAAUGUAUUCGUAAAGCUUAGGAAGUCCGUUAAUACAUAGAAGAGAACGCAAUGUGUCUUGUAAUAAGUGAUAUUGAAAUUGUUCACGAAAAAGGAAAAAAAAUAGACGACUAACAAUAAACUUAUUUUCGAAAUAGGUGACGAUGCUCUGUAUGACAAAUCAUAAAUAUGAGAUUAUGGGUUUAUAAUGUGUUCGUCAUGAUUUUGGCGGUAAAGAAAAAAGAUAAAUUUCUAGAAAAGAAUUUUGAGAGUAAGGUGACUUCUUCUGAAACAAUGACGCUGCUGCUAAAUGCAAAGAAGCCUCCCUCGCUCCCCCGCGCGACGCCGAGCCCCCGCCCCCUCGUCCCCGCGCGCAGUAUUGGAAUGGUGGAGGAGGCGGCGGCACGAGGCGUCGAAGGAGGAUCUCCGAGCGAAGGCCACGAAGAAGCUCCUCUCAGCGCCCACCUCUCCCUGGCUCUCCUCUCCCUGGCUCCCGGUCGUGCCCUGCCUCUCCUCCCCGCGCCCCCCUCGCCGGCUGGUCGUCGCAAAAUGCCCAACAUCAAGAUCUUCUCGGGGUCGUCCCAUCCCGACCUGGCGCAGAGGGUCGUGGACCGCCUGGGCAUCGAUCUGGGGAAGGUCGUCACCAAGAAGUUUUCCAACCUGGAGACCUGUGUGGAGAUUGGGGAGAGCGUCCGAGGUGAAGAUGUGUACAUCGUGCAAAGCGGUUGCGGGGAGAUCAACGACAAUCUCAUGGAGAUGCUCAUCAUGAUUAAUGCAUGCAAAAUCGCCUCUGCAGCCCGAGUAACGGCAGUCAUUCCAUGUUUCCCUUAUGCUAGACAAGACAAAAAGGAUAAGGAACAGGUGGCAUAUAGGCCUCUAUCACGAGCCCCAAUUUCUGCCAAACUUGUUGCCAACAUGCUCUCCGUGGCUGGCGCUGACCACAUCAUCACCAUGGACCUCCAUGCCUCUCAGAUCCAAGGCUUCUUCGAUAUUCCUGUCGAUAAUCUUUACGCUGAGCCUGCAGUCCUCAAGUGGAUUCGGGAGAACAUACCGGAGUGGGGCAAUUCCAUUAUAGUCUCUCCUGAUGCCGGUGGUGCCAAAAGAGUCACUUCUAUAGCUGACCGACUUAACGUAGAGUUUGCCUUGAUUCACAAAGAGCGCAAGAAAGCCAAUGAGGUGGCUUCGAUGGUGUUGGUUGGAGACGUGAAGGACCGCAUUGCCAUCCUGGUUGAUGACAUGGCAGACACCUGUGGCACAAUUUGCCAUGCUGCUGAAAAGCUCAUGGAGGCUGGAGCAACCAAAGUGUACGCCAUCCUUACUCAUGGCAUCUUUUCCGGCCCUGCAGUCACUAGGAUCAACAAUGCAUGCUUUGAGGCUGUCGUAGUCACCAACACGAUACCCCAAGAACAGCACAUGAAGGAGUCUAAUAAGAUCCAGGUAUUUGUGGCACUUUUGUGAACAGGUUCUUUGAACAC